GGAUCUUUUAGAAGGGAAACUGCUACUUAGAGACGUAUGCUUAGAAAGGACAAUGAGUUUAGACAGCAAUAUUCAUCUAUUGUUCUGCUAACUGUUAAGCACUUCUCUAUCUCUAGCAUCAUACCCCAGUCACCCGGUUCCCGUGAAUGUGAAAUGACUGAAUCAAACUGAGGAGGUCAAAACACUUCUCAUAUUUAAAAACUUGUAAUCUUUUGUUAGCUUGGAAGAGCAAAACUUCUAAAGUUCUUGAGAGAUGGCUUUAGAGACAUGUGGAAGCUGUUUGAGUUGUCUGCUGAUACCUCUUGCACUUUGGAGUAUUGUUGUUAACAUCCUAUUAUACUUCCCUAAUGGGAAAGCUUCACAUGCUGCCAGUUACCAGCUUCCCAACUACGUGUGGUAUUUUGAAGGGAUCUGUUUCUCAGGUGUGAUGAUCCUUCUGUUGGCAGUAAUUCUAAUAACACUGGAGUGCAGCGUGUUCUAUCGGUGCUGCCAGAGCGAGAGCUGUAACAAAACCUACAGGAGUUUUAUUUCAAUUGUGUUAGCCCUGCUUGGAGUUGCUUUCUCUGGAUACAGUUGCAUCAUCUUUACCCUGGGGUUGAUCCAAGGCCCCUUCUGCAAUUCAUCAGGUGGAUGGGAUUAUAUUUUCAAAGACACUGCUGGAGGGUACCUCACAGAUUACCCUGCUUGGUCUCGGUGCACCGAACCUGCUAACAUAGUGGAGUGGAACACCAUUUUACUCUCUAUUCUGAUAGCUCUUAGUGGACUGCAGUUGAUCAUCUGUUUUCUCAAAGUGGCUGCUGAGUUGAAGCGGACACUCUGUGGGACCUAUUCUGUUUUUGUCCAGCCCAGGAUUCUCUGAAAAUGGCAAGGAAAUCUUCACUGCUUCUCCCCCACUCCCGGAAAAAGAGAGAAAUGGCUUCUCCACCAUUUGCAAUGGUAGAUUUGGGUGCUGCAAAGACAAAUGAAACCCUCGUCUUACAUCCUUGUCUCUCACCCUCUCUACUUUGAAUGAAGUUAUUUGAACUGUUUGACAUCUAUAUUUUUCUAGUUGUUUUCUAACGUGUCGGGUUGUCCUUGGCAGUGCUUCUUCAUUUUUUUUACCCUCCAGCUUGUUCUGACAAUAGGGAGGUUUGAAUACCGUGGAACUGCUUUUGUAUUGAAAUCACCUUCUUUUGAAUAAACUGCUGUAA